ACUUUAGCUGCAAAAAUGGCAUGCUGUAGUGUUGAUGCUGGGGAAUGCUGGCACACAGGUAAUCGUUAAGGCGUGUGAGAGGUGUGUGUACUGGUUUGUGUGCAUUAUAGCAAUACUAAAGACUAGGUGUAGUCAGAAAGUGUGAUUUAGAAAGGGAGGGAUGGAUGAGAGCGAGAGAGUGAAAGGGGGAGGGAUGAAGAAGGUGAGAUUGUGCCCAGGCUCAUUCUGCAUAGCUGAAGAGAGAGAGAGAGAGAGUGUAGCAGGAGCUUGUUUUGUGUAGCUGCUAGUUCAGCACUGUUAGCUGCAGACUCUGCUUCGUUGUACUGAGGGGUUCGGCCAUGCUGUUUGCUCUGCCCAGACUCGCUGUGUUCAUCUCUGCAGUGCUGUUUAACGGUGGUGUAGUCCGGGCAAGUACACACACGGAUCUUGAUCCAGGGUUCCUCCAGUGUCAAGAGUGUUUUUUCAGAAGCACACCUCCACACUCACUGUCUGAACUGGGUUUGGAGCAGAGGUGUUACAGACAUCUGACCGGACGGCCUUUUGCAUCGCUCUAUAAUGCCAACUGCCAAACCACCAUCUAUACAGCCCUUCACCUCGGCUUGAAUAAUGGAUGGGGCAGAGGAGAGCAGAGCACGCAGGAUGCCAACGAAGAGAUCAAUGACGAUUCCCCUGUGGCCAUCCCAGCUCUGUACAGAGGAACCACCAAUGAGACCCCAUCACCCCAUCACAACUACCCUCUCUUUAAAUGGGAUGCUUUGACAGCAGAGUUUGUACGGAGCUCCAUCAUACCAAGGUGUUCAAAGACAAGCGGAGACAUUUACGUGCAGAUUGGUUUAGGUGGUUUAAAUGAGUGCAGGGGGAAACUGUUGUGGUCAGCAGUGUGUUGUGCUGCAUCAGAUGGAGAUGGUAGUUUCAGUGUUGGGCUAGUGAAGGAGGGGGACGUGAAGGUUCUCAGCAUUAAGGCUUUGGAGGAGCUAAUAGGAGUCACAGGCCUGUUUUCAGGAGGUUGUGGUGAAGUAGGACAUCAGAGCGAAGAGGAACUUGCAUCACUCUUGAAAAAGCGACCGAAUGGCAUCGAAACACCCAACUCUGAUGUGCAAAGUGAAGAAGAGCACAUUGGCGAACACAACUCUCAGGAAGCAGAAACAUCAGAAUCAGGAACAGAGAAAGUGACUUCGGAGCACGUUAAUGGUGAAGCCCGAAGCUACACAUCUUUGAGCUCAGACAUGGAGAUUCAAGAGAGCACCAAUGAGACAGAGAGCUCAGAGUCUGUCCUCCUCAAAGUUUUGUCUUCCACCAUCUAUCUCCUUUAUGCCCCUUUCUCUCCGAUCGUAAACAGAGUCACUAACCUUCCCUUCCAGCUAACCUACAUUCUUCAGGAAGAUCUGGCUGUUCUGGCCUCGGUGCCUGGUGACAGCUGCACUUUGGUCAACAACUUGGUCUCAGGAGUGUAUUCUGGCAUUUCAUGCAUCUUGAACACCUUGUACCAGACAGGAGAAACAAGCGUGUGCACGACUUACGCCUGCCUCAGUCCGUUAGCCGAAAGCCUGUUUGUGGCUUUCCAGGAAGGAUUCAUAGGGACAGGCACUCUGGCGUCGGAUUCCUUGGGAAUCAUGACAGGAACAGUGGGGAAUGGUUUUAGGAUCAUCAGGAUGAUUCUCGGGUCAGUCUUGGAUCAGAUGGUAGAUUACCUAUGUGUCGUAUCCUCAGAAAUGGGCCACCAGGUGUCAACAGUGGGAAGUGGGGUUGGAAAACUUACCUGGAGAAGUGGAAAGGGGGUGGGCCACAUGCUUAACACUGUAGCAUCCAUCAUAUGCAGAGUAGUGGACAAUACACUGUUGAAUGUCCAGGAAGCUUUUGGAGGGAGCUCAGGGGAAUCAUCUGAAUUGCAAACGCCUGACUUGCUGAAAUCUGAAGUGGUCGGUGAAUAGACUUACACGUGUGUAAAUGCCUGUGUUUGAGACCUUAUUUGCAUAUUACACCACAAAUAGUGAAUUAGUGCCUGUCCACUUUUUUAGCGGCCUUGAUUCCGGAAAUAUUUUUCCUAGUUAUUUUUCCCAUAGAGAAGUCUUUAAGGAGUAAUAAGCCAUGAAUCAAGCUAACUAUCUACUACUGUAGGUGAAUCAUAACAUUACGAACUUUGAUUUAAAGAAACAUAGUAUUUGAAAAGGUUCACUAAACAUAUAUUUUAUGUGAUAUAUUUCCAAAUAUAUUCAAUUCUCCAACUAAUGGAGAUUUUUCUGCAGAAUCGUAAUGUAGUUUGGAAUUGAGCUUUUAAAAAUUAAGUAGAAAUAAUGCGGACUGAUGGCUUCAGCAAAAGCAUAUACCAUCGAUUACCAAUCUUGUAGCUCACAGUAGGUCUGUCUUUAAUGAUUUAUAAGUUACUGUUAAAAAUCAAUUCCCCUAUGGAGAAACUGAAUGGGAUUUUUACUUCCGGAUCCUGACAGUUGCGCUCUAUAAGUGUCAGGCUGCACACUGAAUAUUAACCAUAUGGCAUGUGGUUAUGAAUCAUGAAACCUCCGUUCUUUACGUUCUGCCUUAAAAUACCUACAUAAACCUCCUAAUGUUUUGAAAAAAGGAAGGUGCAGGGUGAUUUGUAACGCUUUCAAGGUGCUGAGAAAUGUUUAUCAAGUGUCAGAAGGAUUAUGUAAUUGUUGUGAAAUGUUGGUAAUUUCAUCUGACAUAUAAAGACCUUGCUGUGUCAUAGUUUAUAUGCUGCAAUAAAACCUCUU